UCAAUAAAAACUUUUUUUUUUUUUUUUAAAAGAAGACAAACCCUUUGCAAAUGUCAUCUUUGUUGCUCUCAAUCUUUCUUGCCUGCAAUUCUGCCUUUUUCUUUCCUGGCUGCUAAUUGGAUUAAAGACUGUUUUGCCAACCAUGGCAUCUGGAGAUGACAGUCCUAUCUUUGAAGAUGAUGAAAGCCCUUUGGAUAGCCUGGGAAAAAUGGCAGAUCUUGUAGCCGUUUGGGAUGUUGCUUUAAGUGAUGGAGUCCAUAGGAUUGAAUUUGAACAUGGGACCACAUCUGGCAAACGAGUGGUAUAUGUAGAUGGGAAGGAAGAGAUAAGAAAAGAAUGGAUGUUCAAAUUAGUGGGUAAAGAAACCUUCUGUGUUGGAGCUGCAAAGACUAAAGCAACCAUAAAUAUAGAUGCUGUCAGUGGCUUUGCUUAUGAGUAUACUCUGGAAAUUAAUGGGAAAAGUCUCAAGAAGUAUAUGGAGAACAGAUCAAAAACAACUAAUACUUGGGUGUUACAUUUGGAUGGUGAGGACUUCAGAGUUGUGCUGGAAAAAGACACUAUGGAUGUAUGGUGUAAUGGUAAGAAAAUGGAGACAGCAGGUGAGUUUGUAGAUGAUGGGACUGAAACUCACUUCAGUGUUGGGAACCACGACUGUUACAUAAAGGCUGUCAGUAGUGGAAAGCGGAAAGAAGGCAUUAUUCACACUCUCAUUGUGGAUAAUAGGGAAAUCCCGGAGAUUCCUGAAUGACUUCAUGUUAAUGAACAUUAAUCUUAAGAAGUAACGAUCAGGACUUUUAAAUUACUGUGGUAAUUAAAUAUGUUCAAUAUGUACUUCUCGGUACAUUUAAUCUGCUGUGUUUUUAUUUUUUUAGUUACUUGAAACUGUAAUGUUCCAAAGAGUCAGGGGAAAAAAUUAUAUACAAUAAAAAAACCUGCAAUUUAUUUUGUAAAUAAUGUAAAAAUAAAAUGUUUCAAAGCCAAAUGGAAAAUAAGGACCAAAAUCAGUAAUGUUUUACAAGGGGAACUUUUACUAUAAUAAACGCUACAAACUAAAA